UCUGCACCGCCGAUCGUCAUCGACUCUACUUCCCGCUGCGCUACGAGUCGAUUGAUACGGACAAGAAGGACAAGGAGAUGGUGCCGCCCAUGGAGAAGGGCAAGGAGGUCCUGCCGCCCAUGGAGGUUGCACCGACUACGCCUGAGGAGGUGGCCACGGAUGAGGAUGUUGUGUCGAAGGAGCCCCCUAGUGGCAAGUGCCAUAACUGCAGCCACUACCAAGAGGAGGGAGGUCCAACCCAAUUCUGCAAGGUGAUCCUUGCUCCUCAGUUUGAGUGCAUCCCGAUGCCUCUUGACUUCACCAAACACUUCCCGGCGGUGCCACAAGAGUUUAAGCCGAGGACCAACAUCGGCUGCUCAUGGGGGGUGACUGUCCGGCUGAUGGACGACAGGGUGACCCUCAAUCGGGGUUGGGCCCCCUUCACCGCCGUCCAUCAGAUCAGGAUCGACUACAUGGUGAUGUUCAAGCUGCUCACUCCGGACACGCUGAAGGUCAUCGUCUUCGACGACGAAGGCAUUGAAGUGGUGACGAAGUGCGGCAAGCAUGACGACGCCUUCGCCCUCAACAUCUAGGACUGCCCUUCCUAUGCUCCGGCUGGUUUAGUUUCUUUUCGUACUAUUUUUGCGUUUGAACUGAUAUGUUUAAGUGUGGCACUUUAUUUCACUGCGGUUAGCUAUGG